UAACAGAUUCAUUAAUUAUUUGUGUCGUUUAAAACUUAACCUAUUACGUGGUAUAAAAUAUUACCGACACAGUGUCCACAGCAUUCCAUAACCAGAAAGAAGAUAAUUUACUAAAUUGUUGCCUUAUCUAGAUCCUAGCAUAAAAGCUUAAGUAUGGUUGAAGAGUCUAAUGUAAAUCCUAACAAACCCAAGACGAAAACAACACGCCCCAAAGCAGUGUAUUUGUGGACAGAAGCUGAUGUUCAGAAAUGGCUGCGUCGUCAUUGCAGUGAUUAUUACAACCUUUAUUGGGAAAAGUUCCACGAGCACGAUAUAACAGGACGGGCUUUGAUCAGAAUAAAUGACAACACUUUGCUCAGAAUGGGUAUUAUGAACCGUGAGCACAGAGAUGCAAUUUGGCGUGAGAUUUUAAAAUUGAGACUUAAAACUGAUAUCAUGGAAAUCAAGGAUUUGGAACGUAGACACAACUAUUUCAAUGAUGAUUUGUGACACAGACCACCUUGUGAACAGAAGGAGAAUUCAUUCACAUUUAAAAGUUUCUUUGGUAGAGAAUCUGGUAACAGAAAAAGUGCAAUUGUAAAAUUACUAGGUGGUUUAUUGACAUUAUGGACAAUAAAUAAGAUGUUGAGUAAUAGUAACUGAUUAAUGAUAAGUAAAAGCAU